CGCGCGCACCUCCUUUGGGUUUUUUUUUCACACACGCUCUGUCAUCGGCCACGCGCCUGCGCGAACCCAAACGACCACACGUGACGUCAGACAGCAGCAUGGCGGCCAAGGUGCAGUCAACCAAAAGGGCCGACCCUAACGAGCUGAAGGUCAUCUUUCUAAAGUAUGCCAGUGUGGCGGAUAAGGAUGGAGAGCGGUACAUGACACCCACUGAUUUUGUGCAGAGGUAUUUGGGCCUCCACACGCAGCUCCACUACAACCCUAAAACUGUGCAGCUGCUCGCCGGUGUGGCGGACACCACAAAAGAUGGGCUGAUCUCAUACCAAGAGUUUCUGGCCUUUGAGUCAGUGCUGUGUGUGCCUGAUGCCCUCUUCAUCGUGGCCUUCCAGCUUUUUGACAAGACGGGCACUGGAGAUGUAUCCUUCGAGAACGUGCGUGAUAUCUUCAGCCAGACGACGGUUCACCACCACAUCCCCUUCAACUGGGACUGUGAGUUCAUCCGCUUGCAUUUCGGCAAUAACAGAAACAAACGCCUCAGUUACCUGGAGUUCACCCAAUUCCUGCAGGAGCUGCAGCUGGAGCACGCACGACAGGCGUUCGCACAGAAAGACAAGGUCAAGAGUGGCAUGAUUUCAUCCUUGGAUUUCAGUGACAUCAUGUCCACCAUCAGACACCACAUGCUCACACCUUUUGUGGAGGAAAACCUUGUGUCUGCAGCAGGGGGCGGCACCUCUCACAUGGUGAGCUUCUCUUACUUUAAUGCCUUCAACUCUCUCCUGAACAACAUGGAACUGAUCCGUAAAAUCUACAGCACUCUCGCUGGAACUCGCAAGGAUACGCUUGUCACUAAAGAGGAGUUUGUUCAUGCUGCAAAUAAGUUCGGUCAGAUUACCCCUAUGGAAAUUGACAUCCUGUUCCAGCUCUCAGGGCUGCACUCCCAAACAGGACGAUUAAACCUGGCUGAUAUCGAGAGGAUAGCGCCACUGGAGGAAGGAGCGCUGCCAUAUAAUCUGGCUGAGGUGCAGAGACAGCAUUCACAUGGGGAUGUAUCUCGGUCUGUGUGGCUGCAAGCAGCAGAGUCAGCAUACAGGUUUACUCUGGGCUCCAUCGCUGGAGCCACUGGUGCCACAGCUGUGUACCCCAUAGACCUGGUCAAGACCCGCAUGCAGAACCAGCGCUCCACUGGAUCCUUUGUAGGAGAGCUCAUGUACAAGAACAGCUUUGACUGCGCCAAGAAAGUCCUGCGAUACGAGGGAUUCUUUGGCUUUUAUAGAGGUCUUCUACCACAGCUCAUUGGAGUGGCUCCUGAGAAAGCCAUCAAGCUCACUGUGAAUGACUUUGUGAGAGACAAAUUUACCACAAAAGAAGAUACGAUACCUUUGGCUGCUGAGAUUCUCGCCGGUGGAUGUGCUGGUGGGUCGCAGGUUAUCUUCACCAACCCUCUGGAAAUCGUUAAGAUUCGUCUGCAGGUUGCUGGCGAGAUCACUACAGGCCCCAGAGUGAGCGCGCUCAAUGUGGUCCGAGACCUCGGCUUUUUUGGCCUCUACAAGGGUGCUAAGGCUUGUUUCCUGCGUGAUAUCCCCUUCUCUGCCAUCUAUUUCCCCGUCUAUGCUCAUACGAAGACACAACUGUCAGAUGAGGAUGGAAGACUGGGGCCUUUGCAGUUGUUAACCGCUGGUGCCAUCGCAGGUGUACCCGCUGCUUCGCUUGUCACCCCUGCUGAUGUCAUCAAAACACGACUGCAGGUGGCGGCACGCGCUGGUCAGACGACUUAUUCUGGAGUGAUCGACUGCUUCAGGAAGAUCUUAAAAGAGGAAGGCUUCCGAGCAUUAUGGAAGGGAGCCGGAGCUCGCGUGUUCCGUUCAUCCCCUCAGUUCGGUGUGACCUUGGUGACAUAUGAGCUCCUGCAGCGAUGGUUCUACGUUGACUUCGGAGGACAUCGCCCUGCUGGUUCUGAACCAAUGCCCAAAUCCCGGAUCUCUGAGCUUCCUCCUGUCAGUUCUGAACAUGUCGGUGGUUACCGUCUGGCAGCCGCCACCUUUGCUGGGGUGGAGAACAAGUUCGGACUGCACCUGCCCAAGUUCAAAUCCUCGGGGGUCAUGGCCAUUCACUCCGAAACGCCCACGGAACAAGCUGCUGCAUCAUAAAUCAUGCCCCGCCUAUCAUGGCCUUGUCCUCCAAUGGCUGCAUGCCUCCCUCCCACAGUCUACAUUUGCCUACAUUUUCCCACACUUUUUUUAUUUUCUCUUUCAUUUCAGUUUUUAGGUGGGGGACCUGGGAAAUUAUACUUGUUUUCAGAGUCUUGUUGCUUUAACCCAUAUCAGUGCCUCAGUUUUGAUGAAGAACACUGUUUAGAGGUCAUAGUGUGUUUGCGCUAAAGCACAGGGUAGAUGUUUGCCACACUGAUCAAGACCUAAAACGACACAAGUACAGUGAAAUAUCCAUCAAGGGCUCUAGAGAAGUUCAUCACUCAGCCACCGGCUAAUAUUGAAACGACUGUGUGGCUGUAACAAGAGCUAAAGAGCUUUUCAUGAAACACUCCUGAAUGGAAAACCAUAACACAUUGGUUUUAUGUUUCUCCGCUCCCCAAGACGCACAUUCGCUGCUUUUAAGUUUUAGUCUCAUGAUUACUGAUGUAUUGUUGUGACCGAAGCAUGCUGUAGUGCUUUUCAUUUGCUUAUUUGGCUUUGCGUAGCUUGCACAUGUACUGUAUAUACAUGUACAUCUCAUGCACAGAGAUAUCUCUGUCUGUGUCACAGUGACUGAUGUACAGAGGUUUCAAAACUUGAUCAAAGAAAUCAUGGUCGAUUUGAAAUGUAGAAAGUAAUUUAAAUGCAUUUCAUUCUUGUAUUUUAUGGAAAUAAAUCAGUACGGUUAAAUUUUA